CAUUCAUAUUUUCCCACCAGUCAUAAUAAGGUUACAGUUUUGGGAGUAGUUUAAUUCCACUCUUCACAUGAUGGAUUUCAUCUGUCUCUAGCUAAAAUGUGUUUAUAUGUAACACACUGAAGUUGUGUGAGGCUGGCUGAACUCCUGACUUCUCCUCCAAACCUCUCUCUAGUGCGGGCUCAGAAAGGAAUCAUGUCUCCUCCCUGGCUUCUCAGUUUUCACCUGUUACCUUUGCUUUUUCUUCUCUUCUGAAUCAGCAACCAACAAAUGACUGCAGGACCCGACGCUGUGCCUCAGAAUGUCCCAAAAACACUGGAAUCUUUCUCGUUUGUGAGUACAAAAUGCCGGGGCCUGUGGUGGGAAUGUGUCACAAACGUUUUUGAUGGGAUCCAAACUUGUGAUGAGUACGACUCCAUCUACGCCGAGCAUUCUGUGAAACUGGUGCUGACCCGAGCCAUGAUGAUAACAGCAGACCUCCUGUCAGGAUUUGGAUUUCUCUUCCUGGUCCUGGGACUGGACUGUGUAAAAUUCCUUCCCGAUGAGCCGCUCAUCAAGCUGCGCAUCUGCCUGGUGUCUGGGGUUAUGUUGCUCCUCGCAGGUCUCCCUGGCAUCACGGGCUCUGUGUGGUACGCCGUGGAUGUCUACGUGGAGCGCUCCUCUCUGCUCUUCCACAACGUGUUCCUGGGCACCCAGUACAAGUUUGGUUGGUCCUGCUGGCUUGGCAUGGCGGGGUCACUUGGCUGCUUCUUGUCCGGGUCCCUGCUCACCUGCUGCAUGUAUCUCUUCAGAGAGACCAGUUCUGGAAGAUUCCAUUCUGCCUACUCCUUGAGGAAAGGCUAUUCCUCAGCUGCGACCGUUGUGACAAACGUGCAUUUGCCAUCCUCGCAAACAGCCACCUCCAAAAUGUAUGCGGUGGACACAAGGGUGUGAGGAGGAGCAUUUGUCUCAACACCAUUGGUAGAAGUGAGAUAAAUCAGCCAUUCCUGAAUCAGACCGCAGUGUUCUGCAUGAAGACCCCCAAACUGCAAGAUGGAUCCGUUCCAUGUCUGGCAAUGCGUCAACAGAGAAAGGAGAAAAUCCUGGCAAAGGGAGGGACUGACUGCCUGACCAACAUCUGGACCCUGUGCACUCAGUAGGGGGGUCUGCCCCUCCUACAGGCAGCUGGGGAGCUUUUCAAGAGAUAAGAGCUGUGUUAAAUGUCUGGCCCUCUCUUUGGUCCAUGAAUCUGCACUGAGAAAUGAUUGUAAAUGCAGGUGCAUUCUUCCCUGAAAAAUACAGUCCUUCUCAGUCAGUAUUAAAGGUACACUACUAAACUCAGUGAAAUCUGGAAAUUGCCAGCUUCAUUCUGCUUAAUAAAAACAUUUCUUGGA